CUGAAGCCGGCUCACUUUUCUGGAGAGGUAGAAUACGUGGGGAUGUUUUCUUGCUGUCUCCCGACUUCCCAAGGCUCAGGCCUCAGGAGAUCUCACAGGGGAGGACUCAGCCACAUCUGGAGAAACUGGGUUCCCCAUCUCAUCCGACGCCUGUGGCCAUUUUCACGGAGGAGUCAAAGUGGGGCACAUAGUAGCCGAGGGCAGGGUGAAAAGGAGUCAGGACAGAUUGUGGAUACUCGAGUUUGCUUUGAGCUUCUGAAGAAGGAUAUAAUAGAGAGCAUGGUCAACCGUCUUGUGCCAUCCCUGCUUCAUGGGAAUCCCUUAUUCCUUCAUAAGUUUUUGCAAAGCUACCAAACAUUUGGCACCAUGCAGCAGGUGCUGGAUCUUCUGCUGAAAAGAUGUGAUAGUCUCACGGCCUGUGCGUACAGCCAAAGCCUCCAUUACUCCAGCAAGAGUAGCAGGCCUCUGGAUGAACUGAAAAAUGCCAUCUCUACCAUCUUUGGCACAUGGCUUGAAAAGUAUUCAGACCAGUUUUAUCAGCCGCCGGAGUUUGCGUGCCUCAAGCAGCUAGUGGAGUACGUGCAGCUGCACAUGCCUGCCUCAGACCUGGAGCUCCGUGCGGACCUUCUACUGGCGCAGCUGGAAGACAUGGAGACCAUGAGAGCCAAGACUGAGGCUCUGGCACCAGCACCAGUGCCAGGUCCAACUGGAGAGUGCCAAUCAGCUCCAGUAGCAUCCUGUAAACCAGAGGCAGAUCUGCCACUUGUUCUGGAGCAAGAGUCAGCUGCAGUGCCAGCUGCCGUGCGAGCUCCUGCUAAGAAGCCACCUCGGUUUAAUGUUGUAAAGAAGAAGCCAACUGUAUCUGAGCCUCUGGAGCUUGAGCCAGCCAGAGCAGGGCCACUUCUCCCAGUGGAGCCACCCUGGCCUUCGCCUGUGACCAUGAAAGUCAGGGAUUCCACCUGGAUGCAUCGGGACAAAAGAGCCAAGGAGCACCGGGCUGCCACCAUCGGCACCACUUUCAUUCGGUUCUCAAGUGUGGCCCAGUGUGUCGUCAGUACUGUCCUCAGGCACUGCCUUAUGGAAGCCUUGGCCCGCACCCAGGAGCGCCGCAAAAUUCUGAGGAACCAUGCCUCCCUCUCUCGGCUUCGAAUCAGCGCCACCCAGUGCCUGAUGGAGACCUGGGAAGAUUUCUGUAGGCGGCUGGCCGGUCCUCCACAUUGGAGCUCAGGGUGAACCAGCACCACAAACUAGACAAAAUGUGUGCAGAACUUGUCUGUGAAGGUAGAAAUGUUUAGCAUGUAUUUUAUAAAGUUCCCCCAAACUCAAAAUAAAGAAUCUUAUUAGAAAAGAGGCAAAAUGAAUUAAAGACAACUAUUUACCAAAUAGGCAAAUGAAAACAUUGAGGCUGGGUGUGGUGGGGCAGGCCUGUCAUUGGAUUACACUGAAGAGAGGCUGAGGCAGGAAAAUCGCAACUUUCAGCCCAGUUUGGCAAUUUAGUGACUUAGUGAAACCCUUCAAAAAUGAAAUUCACCAUUAUUAGCCAUUAAACAAGAACAACUAAAAAC